CCAGCAGGAGCGUGAGGAGACCUGAAAGUGGCACAUGGCAGAGUGGGAGCAAUGGGAGGCGGUACAGCAACCUAUGACAAAAUGGACAACCGCAGGAGUGUGAGGAGAUUUCAAAGUGGCACAUGGCAGAGUGGAAGCAAUGGGAGGCCGUACAGGGACCCAGGUCACACUGUGGGCUCAGCAGCAGCGUGACCAGGAGGUACGGGGGCCCAUGGUCGAUAUGGGGCCUGGCGGCACCUAUGGAAGGCCGCUAAUCUGCCAGCAACCUAUGACAAAAUGGACAACCGCAGGAGUGUGAGGAGAUUUCAAAGAGGUACAUGGCAGAGUGGAAGCAAUGGGAGGCCGUACAGGGACCCAGGUCACACUGUGGGACCAGCAU